AUGGCUUCUGAGGCUCCCACCCUCGCUGGCUCUUCUGCCGACAGCCUGACGCCCGCCCAGCGUCUGGCCGAGAAGCACGACGACCACAAGCCCUCGGUCGAGGAGGUUGUCGACGAGGAGGACAUCAUCCACCCUCCUCCUUCGGCCUCUGCCACUGCUUCGUCGUCGGCUGGUCCCUCGACUGCCGCCCCCACUCCCGCCCCCGAGUCCGCCCCCGCUCCUGCUCCCAAGAAGCCUUCGGUCCUCGACACUCAAUCUGAGGAGCUGUUCCCCUCGCUCGGCGCCUCAAAGCCUCGCUCCUCUGCCGGCCCUUCACCCUGGUCCAAGAAGCCUGCCGCUGUCGCUAACGCCAACGGUCUUAAGAAUGGUCAGGUCGCCAACAACGCUCCCUCGCGCAGCUCUACUCCCGCCUCGGGUGUCGCUACUCCCGCUUCAUCCGCUGCUGGCUUCCGUGGCGUCUCGCUCCCAGGUCGUCACACCGAGGCCAUCUCUUUUGCUCCUUCCCAGCUCGCUCAGUCAAAGGAUCUCAAGAAGCCUGUCUCCGAGAUCCUCCGCGACAUCAACAAGCGCUCCAAGGCCAAGGUUGAGAUGAGCCAAGGUGCUGGCGGUUCUUAUGCCUUCAGAGCCACCGGUUCUACUCCCAACGACGUUCGUGAGACUCUGAAGGAGGUUGCCCGCCAACUCGGCUCCAGACAAAGCGUCAAGGUGCCCGUCCCGCUCUCCGUUCGUGCUCAUAUUAUCGGUCGUGGUGGUGCCAACAUCACCAAUCUCAGCCAAAAGACUGGUGCCAAGAUCCAGGUUCCUCGCCAGGAAGACACCGACACCUUUGACGACGAUGAUUCAGCCACCAUUGACGUUCUUAUCGAGGGAGACGCCGUUGCCGCCGAGAUGGCCCGUCAAGAGAUUGAAAAGAUUGUCAACGAGCGUACAUCGUCCAUCAACCUCCGUCUGAAGGACAUUCCUGCCGAGUUCUACCCUUUCCUUGCUGGUGCCCACAACUCGCGUGUUGGUGACCUCGAGAGCGGUCGUGACUUGAGAGUGCAGAUUCCUCACUACCACACUUGGGUCGAGCAGGCUCCUGCUCAGCCCGCCGCAUACCGCCAGCCUCCUGCUUUCGUGCCUCAGGCCAGCUUGCCCAUUCAGAUCGCCGGUGACCGCCUGGCUGCCAACGAAGCCCGUGCCCAGCUCGAACGUCAAGUUGAGCAACUUAAGCGUGAGCUCGUCUCUGACCAGGUCGCUAUCGAGCGUGGUCGCCACCAGUUCAUUGUUGGUGACAGAGGCACUUCUCUCCACGACUUCCUUGCCGAGACUGGCUGUGCUGUCAUCUUGCCUCCCGAUGCCGAGGACGACGAGAACUUGACCAUCGUUGGUCCCGCUGAUAGACUCGACGAAGGUCUGAACAAGGUCAUGGAGCUUGCAUCCAGCAUGGCCAUGGCCAGUGUUGAUAUUUCGCGUUCCUUCCCCAACGCCCCUCUCGGUGCUCAGGCUCACGCUCGCAAUGUCACCAAGUACCUCCAACAGAGACGUGCUAUCCAGGACCUUGAGCGUCUCUACAAUGCUCGCAUCGUCGCUAGCACUGCUCGUAACGGCCCCACUGCCUGGGAAGUCUACUCUCGCGAUGGCAAGAACACCAUGAAGGCUCGCUCAGACAUCAUGAACCUCAUCAGCGGCCAUCCUCCCACUCGUCUCAACCCUGUUCAGGUUCACCCCUUCUACCACCAGCACUUGCGCCAGUCUGCUGGUUCUCAAAUCCGCGACCAGUUUGGUGUUCACAUGGUUGUUCCCGAAGAGUCCGACAGCGACGACGAAAUUUUGCUCGUUUAUGAAGGCCCUUCUGCCGCUUCCGACUACCAAUUGCCAAGACGUCAACCUGCUGCCAACGAGGCUCAAGACUUCGAACGUGCCUUGAAGGAGGCUCAGCAGCACAUUCUUGGUCUGCUCAGUGGCCAGCAGGAGGUUGUUUCGCGCGACGUUGAAGCACCUUCCAAGUUCCAUGACAAGAUCAGAAGACACGUGGACCGUGAGCAAUCGAACCUUCCAUCAGGCCAAAUUCCCAUUCAGGUCCUGUUUGGCGGACAGGGGGCUCGCAAGGCUCCUGCUCAAGGACUCUCUGUCCGUGGUCCCAGCGACCGCGCUGAUGCGCUUGUCGAGAACCUGCUCGCUUUCAUCGAGCAGGAGAAACAAGACGAGCUUGAGCGUGGUUUCACUCUCACCUUCGACUUCCCCCAGAAGUUUGCCAAUAUUUUGAUCGGCAAGAAGGGCGAAAACAUCAGAAAGCUUCGUGAGGAGUUCGAUGUUGAUAUUCAAGUCAACGAUGGCAAGGUCGAGCUCAAGGGUCCUCAAGCCAAGGCCAAUGCUUGCAAGGCCCACAUUCUGGCACUUGGAAAGAAGCUCGAGGAUGAAGCUACUCACGUCAUCAAGGUCAAGCCUCAAUUCCACAAGGACCUGAUUGGCACAAAGGGCAGCAUGGUCAACCGUCUUCAAGACAGAUACAACGUCAGAAUCAAUUUCCCUCGCACCAACAACGCCGAAGAUAAUGGCAUUGCUGAAGGGGAGAACUCUCGCAAGUCGACUCAGGCCCCUGAUGAAGUCAUUAUCAAGGGUCCUAAGAGAGGUGCUGACGAGGCUAGAGAGGAACUUCUCAACCUCUUGCAGUACACCAUGGACACUUCUCACACUGCCACUGUUUCUGUCCAACAAAGUCAGGUGCCCAUGAUUGUUGGUCAACAAGGCAGUGAGAUUGAAAACCUCCGCCUCGCGACUGGUGCUCAAAUCGACGUUCCCAACACCCGCGAUGCCGCUGACGCCUCCGCACGCGUCGAGAUCAAGAUCAAGGGUUCCAAGAAGGCUGUCGAGGAUGCCAAGAAGCAGAUCGAAGAAGCUGCCAAGGUCUUUGACUCAACCGUCACUCGCACUCUCGAUGUUGAGAAGAAGCACCACCGCAACAUCAUUGGCGGUGGCGGCGCCAACAUCCGCAACAUCGUUGUCAAUGCUGGCGGUCCUGACGACAGACAAAAGCUCGCCCGCAUGGUGCGCUUUCCUCGCGCUGAGGCCGAGGGUAACACCAUUCGCGUCGAGGCCAACAAGGACAUCGCUGACAAGAUCAUCGAAGCCAUCCAGGCGCAGGUCUCUGAGCUUGAGAGUCAAACGACUCAGAUCAUCGACGUCUCACCCGAGAAGCACCCCAAGCUUAUCGGUCGUGGCGGCGACAUCAGAAGGAAGAUCGAGUCAGAAUUCAGCAUUCAGCUCGACAUCCCGAAGCAGUCUGUCACUGGUGCAGAGCGUUCGAGGGUCAAGCUCAUUGGACGUGCCGAGAACAUCGAGAAGGCCAAGGAGCACAUCGAGACUCUCACCAAGGAUGCUGAAAGCACCGACAUCCAGGUCCCUCUCAAGUUCCAUCACGCCAUUGCCGACAAUGGCCAAUUCUUCCGCCGUCUUCGCAGCGACCUUAAGGUGUCUGUCGACCACAAGGGAGAGCGUCCUCCUCAACGUCCCGAGGCACUGUCGACUCGCAAGGCUGGCUCCGGCAUGCCCUUGAUCACCGACGAUGCUACCGCCGGCGCUUCUGAUGACAAUGUCUCGUGGGUGGUCCACAACCUCCACGAGGGUGCUCCUGAAGGCGAAAUCACCUGGGCUUUGUCAGGAGCAUCUGCCGAGAGCGUCGAGAAGGCCAGCGCUCGUGUCAAGAAGGCCCUUGCCGACGCCCAGAAGCUAACCCACGCCGGCUUCCUUGUUCUCCCUGACCCCAGCUCUUACAGAAGAGUCGUUGGUCCUCAGGGCAGCACCAUCAACGACAUCCGUGCCAAGACCGGCACCAAGAUCCAGGUCCCAAAGGCUCAGAGUGGCGAUGAGGCCAUCGAGAUCACCGGUACCCAGGAUGGCGUCGAGAACGCCAAGGAGAUGAUUCUCAAUGCCAUCCAGGGUUGA